AUAGCAGUACACUAACUGUUAAACCCGUUUAAUCUGUUGGAAUCGUGAGAUUGUGACGUUUAUUUUGACUACGAAAGAUAUUCUGUCAUCUUCGAUCUCGGCGUAAUCGAUCGUUCAUUAACAAUGGCUGGCUAUGCGAAUCAAAAUGAAUAUGCGUGGUUACCUCCUGAUAAUAGCCAAAAUUAUACUUUUGAUAGCACCGCAAACAAUUUUGCUGAUUCCUCCCAAACCUUAGAUUUUCAAACAUUUUUGCCAGAGAGGAGUUUCGCUUACGACCAAGCUCAAGUUCCAUUGGUACCUCCUAACAAUAAUCAAGGUUAUAAUCCGAGCAUUUUCACCCCUGCGGCUAUUCCAAGAGAAGCAAAUGCAGCUAUAUCAGAAUUUGAUGAACCACCUCUAUUAGAUGAAUUGGAAAUAUACCCUGAUAGGAUAUUAGAAAAAACAUUAGCAGUACUUAACCCAUUCCAUGGUCAAUCUAAAGCAGAUGAUGCAAACUUUUUACUAAGAGAUACUGACAUUGCAGGCCCUAUUGCAUUUUGUUUAGCUUUGGCUGUUUGCCUUUUUCUUUCUGGCAAUAAAGCACAUUUUGGUUAUGUUUACGGGCUUUCUGUAAUGUCAGUUAUAUUAAUGUAUUGUUUGCUGUCACUUAUGAGUCGUACUGAAGGAGUUUUUACUGUUUUAAGUGUUGCAAGUGUUUUAGGAUACUGCAUGUUACCAAUGGUAGUACUGGCUACUUUAGGAAUAUUUAUAUCUCUUGAGGGAACUAUUGGUUUAAGUUUAUCUGCCGUUGCUGUAAUAUGGUCUGCCCUUUCAGCAAGUAGGCUAUUUGUUACUAUGUCAGGUGACACAGAGCAGAGGCCUCUCAUAGCAUAUCCUUGUGCGCUGGUCAAUGGAGUAUUUGCACUGUUGGUACUAUUUUAAACUGACCUGAGCUAAGGUCCACUUUCCUUAAAUUUUUUAAAAUGUGGUCUUAUUCAACUUAUUUACAUUUAAAAUAUAUUUAACAAAUGACAAUUAUAGUAAAAUAAGAUUUUACUGUUUAUAUUUAAUUGUUUGAAUUAUGUAAUUAAUAUACCUGUACAAUAACAAUAACAAUAUUUUAAUUGUAUUUGUCAAAUACUACUACUAUAAACAAAAUUUUACAUAAUCAGUUUAUUAAUAUGAUGUUAAACCCAGCACUUUAUUACUGUUGCUUUGAUAGUUUCUUAAGAUUGAUAAUAUAUAAAUAAUAAUAACUGAAAAAAAAUCUCGAUAAAUUUACAUGUAUAUGAGAUGAAUAAAAAAGUGUACAUUAAGUAGUCAAUGCUCUGAAACCAGAGACAAUGUUGCCACAGUUACCAAAAUUGUAAUGCUAUUUCUUACUUUCCACCUAAAUGAGUUGUGGUAAGUUGAGCUAUCAUCUUUCAUCUGCCUUGAAACCUUAAAGAAUAUUUUCUCAUCUAUGUCUCAAAAUUCAUAGAAAUUUCUAUCAAAGAUAUAGGAAGGUAAAAGAAGUGAUAAAAAACAUCACUUUACAAAAUGAAGUAAAUGGUUUAAUACUGGCAUUAUUUAAAAAAGGAAUACAUUAAAUUAAAAGUUAUCAACUGUUGCCAGUAAGGUUAUCAACAUUAAGUAAAUCUAAAUGGUACUAGUAUAACAAGUUUUUA